CAUUACUUUUUACGUAAUAAUCGCUGAUCUCUCCCUCCGUAGCCUUGUUCCCGUGGACGUUGUAUCCCUGCAAUUAUGUCUUUCCCUAGAGUUGUCAAGUCAAUAGUUCGUGUAUCAAGAGUUUGCCCAAAAGCUGAAUUAUUUCCACGUGCACGAAAGCAAGACCUGUGGCGGUGUUUGAGGCCAUACAGAGGGCACUUUGCCAUCAGACAGGUAUCAUCAUCCAAGCAGAGACAUUCACAAGCCAGCUCCAGCAGACCACAUGAGGGCGCUUCCUCUUCUGACAGUGCACCUCCCUCAGUCUUUGGUCAUCUCCUCUUGAUCAUUCCAGCUGCUGCAUUUUGCCUGGGAACUUGGCAAGUGAAACGUCGCAAAUGGAAGCUUGGUUUGAUCCGGGACUUGGAGGCACGAACUACUGCUGCUCCAGUACCCCUCAAAUCAUUAGAGAAAGUUGAUGUUGAAGCUUUAGAGUACCGACGGGUAAUGAUAAGAGGAGAGUUUGAUCACUCCAAAGAGAUUCUCAUCUUACCACGUACGUUGAAUAAACCUCCUGCAAAGGAUGCUGGGAGUUUGAUAUCAAGGGGAGAAUCAGGUGCUCAUGUAGUCACUCCAUUUUAUUGCCCAGAUCUAGGCGUUAGUAUUCUAGUGAACCGAGGGUUUGUUCCCAAGCGUAACUCCAACCCAGCUAGCAGGCAACAGGGCCAGAUUUCAGGGGAAAUUCAGCUGAUUGGACUUGUAAGAAAAACAGAGAAGCGAGCAGCCUUCAUGCCCCAGAAUGAUAUUGAAAGAGGUCGCUGGUAUUAUCUUGACCUUGAAGAGAUGUCAAGGGUCACCGGAGCUGAGCCUGUCAUGAUUGAUGCUGAUAGCUCAUGUGACAUUCCUGGAGGUCCCAUCGGAGGUCAAACAAAGGUCACACUGCGAAAUGAACAUCUGCAGUACAUCAUAACUUGGUACAGUCUGUCGUUCUUGACUGGUCUCAUGUGGUACUUUGGAAUCUUUAAGAAGAGGAGAAUGCUUAGCAAACCUGUGCUGUAACUCUCUAGAAAUGAAGGAUUCAAUUUGUAUAUAGGUUACCUCCUUGCAACGUCCCCCCUUUAUCCUCGCCCAUUUUACGAAUCUUGUCUAAUAAAUAAGUGAGAGUUAGACAGAAUGGGUGGAAGAAACCAAUAUAGGAUAGGGAAGUAGAGCAGAAAUGGGUGGGGCAGGGAAUCACAUACAGUGGGGGGGCAAAGUUUUGUUCAGAAAAGAACUGGUUGAGGUACAGUGAAGCUUAAAUUUGAGAUAUAAUUUCCAAAUUUCAGAAGAUAAUAAGUUUUAGAAGAUAAAGGUAAUAGUUAUUCCUUUUCUACUCUUCUAGACUCAUCUUUAAUGUGCACUGUGAUGUCAGGCCUAAACAGAUAAUGAGGGAAAAACAAGUUGAAAAGUUAAUUUAGAGUAAUUGUGUAUUGUGGGAGUGGAAUACUUGGCAGUUUUUCUGUUGUUUUUUUUUUUUAUCUUAUUCUCAGAAAUACAUACUGGGGAAAGCAUUUUCAACAAACAAUACUGAUUAAAAAAAUCGUGUCCAUACUUUCAUGUUAAGCCAUGUUGCCUAAAAAUCACCUCUAUUCAUGCUCAUCAUUUGGCAGGGAAGCAUUUGGGACAUUUCUUUGUAAAAAAUGAUAUUCUACACAAUCACAUGAAUGUCUGCCUUCUGUUGGAAUUUUUAAUCAUCUUUCAGAAAUAAAACAUGAUCGUUGGAAGGAAGAAAAAUGGGUUUCUUUGAUUGAAAUAAUCUACAUAGAAA